AACACGAUGCAAGGGCCAUCACAAGGUGAAGAAGCAGCACAAGGAUUUCUAGCGUUUGGGCUGAGUGAUGGCCAGACAAGGCAAAGUCACAACCACCACCGACACACAACCAUGCCUGGCGUAGAUGCCCAGGUCCCUACACAGCUACUACGUAGAACAAUCCGUAUCCCCUCAGGUGACUUGAGUCAGUUCUUCAACACCACCAACAAUAACAGUGUUGAUGGUGGCAGCAGUGGGAUCAGGAAAACAGAUAAUGUGUCUGGCCAGCAGCAACACAUCCCACCGCUGAUAGCACAGGGAAUGAACCUUAGUUGUAGCAUGACACUGAGUGAGUCAGACAUGCACGCUGCUGAGCCAUCCCCAAUCAAACAUGCAAAGUCCUUCUGCAUGACCACCUGCAAGGGACUUGGAGAGAUAGUCGCUGAGAUCAGGAGGACUCUUGAUUGUAAGCAGCCGGCCCUGAUCUAUGAGAACAUUGAGAACCUCUUUCAGCUGCACCGGAAUGGCGUGCGGAUGGAGAUGGAAGUCUGCCGUGUCCCUGGAUUGGCACUGAAUGGGCUGAAACUGCGUCAGUUAGCCGGGGAUGCUUUGCAGUACAAAGAACUCUGCCAAGACAUUCUGGCAACAAUGAAUUUGUAGCAGACACUGAUGGCUGCCCUGCUGAUGGGACAAUACUGGCAAGUAACUGGUACCUCCAAAAAAGAGCAAAAUGGCUGAUUAAGUAUAACUUGUUAAGGGACCCGAUUGCUUCUAGACACUUUGUCCCCUAUGAUGGCAAAUAUUUUCCAAAAUCACCCUGUGAAACUGCUGUGUGUUUAACUGUUUCAAGAAUAAUAGUUGUCAAGAAUUAUAGUUUUGUCGUCAUCGUCGUGGAUGUAGGACGGUCAACUUCUGAUGGGAUGGUGAAACAAAGAGGAGAGACGUCAGACAGAGGGAUCCACUAAUAAGCACCAUGGUGCUAGCAUGUUAGUGGGUAUGUUCAGGUAAUGUACCAGGGUCAACAACAUCCACAAGCCAGUCAACUGAUUAUUAUCAACUAGUAAACUACGCCUCAUGGUGUGCAUGACUAAGUGGAUGGUCUUCAAGCUUCAAAGAAGGCACAGCUGUCCUAUUGACCAGUCAGUAAAUACAAUGGCCUUGUUGUUCAACAUAUUAGUAUUUCACUAUCCAUUAUUGGGCUUGUGCGACUCCAGGCAGGAAUCAAAUAGAAUCCAUUCUAAACUAAAAUUCAACAGAAUCUACUCCCAGUAAUUGGCAAUUCCAGCACCCCUCACAUUCCAUUCAGACAAAUUCAAAAUUGUAUGUUGUCAAGUGUCAGGUUUUUUGAGAGGGAUUGCAACUCUUGUUGUCGCGUCAUAGCAACAAUUCACAAAUGUAGUUAACUGGUGAUAUAUUGUCCAGAACUAAAAUUUGGAGUGGAUUGCCAAUGGAAUCUUCUCCACAGAGGUGGCUAUAUAUGUAAGCAUUCUCGCAUAUUGCACAUGUUUAUCAUGCAACGUAGGGUGUUGCAUCGUGCACAAGUACCCUCUGAAAAGGUUACAAGGAGAGAGAGAGAGUUUGAAUGCAAUGCCGCGGUACACACAUGAACAGCACUCACAUGAAGACACUACAGAUGUGUGCACAUUCAUAUAUGAAAAUCAAUCAUGUGUCCUUCACCAUAUGUGCGUGAGUCGGUGCCGUAUGUGGUACAUAUUCAUACAUGGAUGUACUGUUUACGGAGCUCUUAUGAGGGGUCACAAAGUGCCAUGUACUUUUUGUGCGCUUUGGCUAUGAUAUCAGUAAAUGUGUUGGAUACCUGGAUUAAGUUAAUAUGUUUCAAUGAUUGGCCAGCUUGCAAAAAAACUGAUUGGUUGAUUUUUCAGUGAUACUGUCUAGCUUUGAAAUUUGUUGCUUAUGGUCAACAUAAACACGAUUAAUGCAGCUGGGAACUUAAUGUUGCUUCUUAUGUACUUUGUGGAUACUUGCCUGUAGUGAUGUAAUCGGGGCCACCGCAAGUCCUUUCCUUUUGUGACAGUUUAUUUGAAUAGCUAGUGACUUGACUUGAGACGAAAGACUUGUGAUGGACUUGUGAUGGACUUGCAGGGACUCGAAUACAUUGCUGCUUGCGUGUCAAAAUUAUACAUUGUUGACAGCAACAAUAAUCUGAACAGUGCUUCACAUAUCAAUGAAUUUUAUACAUUUGUAAAAGGCUUUGCUGUGAAGCUGAACUUUGUGAACUAUUCGCAGUUAUUUGUUUACCCCUUCACUGUAAAAUGUUUUCUUUGAAAGGCAACGAGUAAUUCAUUUCUCUUGUUCUCACUGAAGUCUGAUAGGUGCGGAGGGCAAGAGAACGAACAGUGUCUACUUUUUUUAGCCGUUUACUGUACAGAUUAAUGCUUAUUCACAUGUGUGCUUCAUGAAAAAUCAUGGUCUGAUGACAUAGAUAUAUAUUUUCAGGAAAAAAAUAUGUUUUUCAAAAUUUUGCAAUUUGUUUUUCACUGAACAUUUUUGUUUAUCAUAUGAAUGCUGACUACUUUUAUUUUGCUAUUUUUUCCCUUGUGGGCACAAUGAAUUUGAAUUUCUAAUUGCUGUCACAUAUGAUAAUACCAAUUGGAGGAUUUUUUUUUUUCAAAUUUUUUUUCGGGCAUUUCAAAUGUGGUUUACAUAAUGUAUGUACAAGUACAUGUAUGUAUGUUUAGACAGUAGAGUAAUGGGUGAAGAGAUGUGCGCAGCAAGAAUUUUGCAAAAUGAUGGCCAAGGAAGCUAUAUGCUAUUUUACUCCACACUGGGACCCAAGUGCAGAGUAACAUGCAAAAUGCAACCGGCCAACUACAGCUACACAAACGGAGUUCUGCACAAUUGAUAUGCUCAAGGCAAACAUAAGGUCUUAUUUAUACCACAAACCAACAUUCAACUUCAAAGGGCCAGGGAAGGUUUGCUCCAACGAUUGGCACCAGUCAGUGAAGUCACAUGAUUUGAAUUUGGAAGCAAGUCAACUGGUAUAUACAUACUGUAUACGUGUAUGUCCAACUUUAGGAAAUUCAGACAGUUUGGUAGUCUGGUGGCAUGAAUGUGGAUAAAAUGUUUUGCAACAGAGACUGGGUACCAGAUGUCAUAUUUUACUAUUCUUGUCAUACUAGUGUGGUUUGCGGUAACACCAUGUGGAGUAAUCUCUUUUGAGAAGAAGUGUGGUUCUGAAAAGAACCAGGUGGUUGUGAAACUUGACAUUCCGAUCAGUUUGCUCUGAUCGUCGCCUCUCUCUCUCCCUCUCCUGAAGUAGCCUUUAGUCAAGUCCCACCCGCUUACCCGGACACUUGACGCACCCCGGAUGCUGGCAUUUAAGAUCGGAGCUUACUGAUCGGAACUUCGAGUUUUAAAACCACCCGGUUCUUUUCAGAACCACACUUCUUAGAAGAGAUUAUUCCACUUGGUGUCACCGCAAACCUCACUACUAUACCCUACCACCAUGCAAAGUUUCAAAUCUUGUUUAUUCUAGUCAUGUUGGACUAAAGAAGUGUUAGACUGGUUGCUGCAUGCAUAAAUAGCUCCUUGGCAUUGGCCCUGGGUUUUAAUUCUUCAGCCAAAUUCCCUAAAACUUCAUUGAAAUGUAUCUGAACCAACAUUUCCUAACAAGAUCCACUUGUUAUUGAGUUCUGACUCCGAUAUUUUGUCUUAAGAUUUCAAUCUUGGGUGAACUAUUUUACUAGAAAAACUUGUGUGAGCGUGCAGUACUUUUCCACAGUAAUUUUUUUCUGGAGUUCCGUAAACGGCAAUGAUCCAUGGGACCUACAGCUUUAUUCCUCAUACAAGGGAUGUGCCUCUUGCAGACUUUCAUGCAGUGUGGGAACUUAUUCGUUUUUAGGUCACAUUGUUACAUUAAAGUUUAUGUGAACUGAAGUGUAAGUGUCUUCCCCGGGACAAAAAUUACGGUUUCCUUUAGAAGUAAGGAACUAGAAGGAGUCUGGAACUGGCUGCCAUUUCUGGCAUUAAAUUUCAUUGUUGGAGCAAAACAAUAUGGGUGAUUUAAUUUGACCUUAAACAAAAAAAUCGUUCCCACGUUCCCACUUGAAUGACUGCCAGAAUGCAGUGCAGUUAACACAGUGUGAUGUUGUUAUAUAUGUAGGGCAAACACAAAAGGGGGUAAUUCCAUAAGUGUGCAUGUAUAAGAACCAUACUAAGGAUGCUUUUUUAGUGGAAUUGCUCAAAUCAUAUACAAUGUCAGAGUUGCUUGUGAACAUAUCAGGAUCAGUCCCUUUAGAGUAGACAAUUAGGAAAAGUAGCAGUUAAAUUUCUUUUAGCCUCCAAUGGGGAAAAUGUUCAUUUGAAAAGAUGAGGUGAGGAUUUUGUUCUGAAAUUGUUGGCAGCUGAGGGAAAUUGGUUCUGGUAAUUACAGUAUUUUGCACGUUUGCACUCUACCUUGUCAGUGUGUGGAUGCUUAGAAAAAAAGGCACUCGUUCAAUCAUAAGCGUCACCAUACUUAGAGCUUUGGUAAAGUCAGAUCCUUUUUUGUUUGUGUUGCGGGUAAAGUCCAUGACUAUUUGAGAAAAGAACUGAACUGGGUGCUACAUUUUAUUUGGUGUUCGUAUUUUCAAAAUCUUAGCUACAUUCGUUGUGAUUUGUAAAAGUCGUGUGUUGGACGCACAUUUCAUUUGUCGUUGUGGGUGUGUUGAAAUUACUGGUUCUAAAAGGGUUCCGGGUGUUAUAAACAAAAGUUGCUGCAUGAGGUUUCCUGCCACCACAGAAACGUGAAAUCCCCUGAGGAAAGAAAAAACAACGAUGUAAAAUAAGGAGUUGACUUUCAUUAUGCAAGCACAAGGAGUUCUGAUGGCAUUGAGAUUGCUCAAAAACCAAAGACCUUUGGAGAAGUUGGAGAUGUAUUAAGUGGAAUGAUUGCGAAAAAUCCUGGACGUUUCGUGUGCGGUCCUAGACAAUUUACUGAAAUGUUAUGGAAACGUAGGAAUAACGAGCUGUGUUACACCAAACUUUCCAAGUCUGAUGAAUCAACAUUCUAAAAGCCACUUUUCUUGGUUAAAACUUUAUAGGAAUUUGAAUUCAUGGAUGAUCUUUUGAUCCGACUCUGGAGCACUUCCGGAAGUCAUGGAAGAUUUGGUCAGGGAACAUUCAGGAAAAUGUCCGAUUCAAUCCAUUAAUUGUCAUGGAAGUUGCCUACUUGAUCUGGAAACCCUCACGAAAGUUGCCUGUUUGGAACUGUCGGGUAUUUUUCCACGGUGGAAAUUUCUUGGAAAUUGUAUGGAACUGUCGUUGAAGUACACACAAGUGGACGUUUUGUGGGAGCUCCUUCGAAAUACCAUGGAAGUUUCCUUUUUGCUUGUGGGAAAAGAUUGUGGGUUGUAGUACUUUGUAUUUAUUUUUUGGUUACAUGUACUUCAUGUCAUUUAUGUAGUUCCUGAGUGUAUUGCAAGUUCAUGCCGAAACCCGUACUGUGGUAUUUAAAAAGAAACAGCAAAAAUAAUUCCCCCCCCCCCUGUUUAUAUAUUUUAAAUCUCUUGCUGUCCUGUACUUGCCUGUGACUUUGUUUCAGUGUGACUUUUAAUGGUGUUGUGUUUGAUCGUACUGCACCAGGUAAAAAACGCAGUGAGGCCAAUUGGUGCACAGUCAGUGUUAUUUCCAAUGCACGGGGACUGGUUUUCUGCAAAUUUCAGGGUUCCUGUUUUAUUUCGGUCGUGUUCUGGAUUGGUGGAACCAAAAGAUAUGUGAAUCAAAUAUGUACCAAAGGACAGGACAACACAGAACUUUGAUAAUUAAACUGCAUACUUUGUUCAUGUACAUACACGUCA